AUGCCAGGUCAUCCAAAUUCUACACAACAACAACAUCAUCAACGAUCUUCUCGUCGUCGUCAUCGUCGUCAACGAAUAGUCUCGCAACUAAUUGAAAUAUCAAAGGAUAUUGCAACAUCGAAAGUUCAAGUUUCGAUCACAUCUGAUGGUACGUCCUUUUCUAUGUUUUGCCAAUGUUUUAGACCCAUUGAUACAAAAAUAGUGUUGGACCCGUCCGUUUUUGGCUUUUCAUCACCAACGGUCUCGUCGACACCACCACCACCACCACAACCGUCGUCACUCUCAUCUCCACUUCGUAUACUUUCCAAACCAUGUACAGACAUGCCAACCAAUCCAACAGUACUUGAUCUUCCACCACCAUCAUCACCACUGAGAAGCAUAUUAUUGAACAUGGGCAUGCGUGAAACAAAUCGUUUUGAACAUCGUUCAUAG